AUGAUCCAUGGAUACGAUUACCGCCUAGUACGGGCAGCAGAUUACCCUGACCGACAUGGUACCUGGGUUAAGCCAGCCGUAGCCAAAGACGCACUCAAGACGCAUGACAUCGUCGUCUCUCUCGACUCUGACGCAGUCUUUACCCACCUCGACUUGCCACUAGAAUGGCUUAUGAACCUUUGGGGCUUUACAGAGGAAUCCCUUGUCGCCAUGGCCUAUGAUCUCGACUGGGAAGGGGACUACGACCCCCAGGGGAAUCUCAUUCUCAACACCGGCUUCGUUAUUUCGCAAGCCAGCCAGCGGACAGAGGACAUGUAUAGGAGAUGGGAAGACUGUCCACGAAGUAUUCCGGGCUGUGAACAUUGGAACUUCAAGUGGGCUCAUGAACAAAGUGCCUUUUCGCACUACAUCCGCUACGAGUUUAACAGGGUACACGAUGUUGUGAACAUACCAUGCAACCAUGCCAACGGGAAUGAGUUUUCCGCCAACGGGCAAUGCGAGUGUCAAGGUGUUUUUGUUAGUCAUAAUUGGAAGAGCAAGGACAAGACACCCGAGCUAUUGAGCAGAAGCAUAAUGACAUCCUUGGCUCGUCGAUUGCAAGGCCAAUUUCAGGCCGACAUUCAGGACCUGUACAGGGAUAUUUCCAAUCAGACCUAUCCCAUGAAGGAGAUUGAGAUAUAG